AUGAUUCAUUUUUCUUUCGAGGAUCAACCGCCGCUGACACAUUACAAAUAUUUUGAUAAAUUUAUAGUAGCUUGUAAGUUUACUUUUGUUCUCGAAGAUAUGCCUAAACAAAGUAAGAAAAGAAAGCAGUGGAGUAAAGAAAACAUGAUCAGGGCGGUGAAAGCUGUAACAAACAAAGAAACGGGAUACCAAAAGGCUUCUAAACUAUAUGAAGUUCCAAAAGGUAAAAACGGAUUUGCAUUUCUAGUAAUUCUGAAAUUACGUUUUCUUUUUUUACUUUUAAGGAACACUUGA